GAUUUCAGCGCCAAAUCGAACUAUGGCGGUAACAACAUUGUGCAACUUUAUCUGAAAAUGGCCACAACAUCAUCUUUCUCAAAGGGUUGUUUUGUAUUCAAAGCAAAUCCACAAAAAUCGGGUCGAAGUCCAAGAAAGAAAACUAAAAAGUCUGCUAUUGUAGAUACACACGAUGAUCUCAAUGCUUCAUCUUUAUUUGCCAAAAGUGAUAAGUCUUCCAUGGAAAUAAGGCUAGAUUCCUACAAGAAAAUAUGGUCUGCCACUAAAAAGAAAAGCGAGGAAAUCAUUUCAGAUAGCCACAAACAACUUCUGCAUGAUGUUAAAACUUUUGUUAGUGAAAAUGCUGGUACUGGAAAGAGCAGCAUACCUACUGCUUUAAUUUCUUUGGGAGUUAAUCUUCCAGAUCAUGCUGCCUUUUUCAGUCUACUGGAUACUACUUUGAAGACCAAUGUAUCUCCGUUUGUGGCUAUGUUAAACUCAAAAGAAUGCCCUUCUCUGAAAAACAUGGUGCUGAAAACAAUUCAGAAACUAACGAGCUGUGACUCAAUAGAUGAUGAGGUUGAAGAAGAUGAUGAAGAUGAUGAAGAUGAUGAAAUUACACCCAUUAAACCAAGGUCUAAAGUUAAGACAUUCGCGAAUCUUUCGACGUGGUAUUCCAAUGUCGUAAUGAAAACACCACUGAUCAUAAUCCUUCAAGAUCUGGAAUCUUUUGGCACUCAACAAUUGCAGGAUUUUGUACUAAUCUGCAGAGAAAACCGAGUCCGGAAUAAGCUACCCAUUCAAUUUAUUAUGGGUAUUGCGACGACAGUGGCCCUUCAGCAGCAACUUCACCACCGAACCUCCGUUUGCAUAGCGACCAAAUCAUUCCAGUCACGACCUUCUGUUGUCCUGCUGAACCAUCUCAUAGAACAGCUUUUUAUGAAAAGCAGCAUUUUAAAACUCGGGCCCAGGUUGAUGCAACUUCUACUGGAUGGAUUUCUUUAUCACGACUUGUCGCUAAACAGUUUCAUGAUGCGCGUUCACCUUAUAAUCAUGCAGCACUACAUCACUCUUCCAGUCUCGUCCCUUUGCUGUUCCGUCAGUGAACUAAAAAAUAGAAUUAAGCAACUAAACGCAACAGAUUUAGAUCUUUAUCGUCAGCUUCCGUCGUUUAUGAAAUUUAUUGAAAACAAUCGUUCAAAAAUUUCACUCCUGACUGACGACAAAGAAUUCCGGUUGUUUCUGCGAAAAUCAUUAGAGGCGCUGAACACUUACUCCAAGAACUUUUCGCUAAGCUGUCGAAUUAUCCAUUCUCUGAGUGACGGCAUGCCUGAUGCGCUGUUUGGCAAAAGUUUGCGUGAAGUAUACGUGAAUUUGUUGAUCGGUGGUGAAUCUGAAGACUGGGAGCAAUUUAUUCGUUUGUUGAACGUUUCGUCGGCGCACGAACUUCGAACCAGAAUCGAAGCUGCAUUGACUACUUUGAAAGAGUGCGACUCAUCUGGUUCUUUGUCGGAUUUCUCCACUAGUCUCGUCCUCUUUUCAGAAGAAUUAUUGCGUUUGGAAGAAUCUAAAAAAUCCGACGCCGUUACCAGCCCAAAAAGUCAAAAUGUAUUCGUACCUCAAGGCAAAAAACUGGACAAGUUUGAAUUGAAAGCACAAUUGAUGGCCACGGCGAAGCAAGUUCGGACUACCUCAGAAUUUGACGAAGUAAAAUCCGAGAUCAUAACCUGGCUGAAUUCCGAGUUGGCAAGUCGUCUGAAAUCUCCUUCAACCUUAGUUUUUCAUGAAAUUUUCUAUGCUGGCAGUCAAGUUCAAAGCAAUUGGGAUAUCGUUCCAUGGAUCCGGCGUCAGGUCCAACCGGUUCCUAGGGUAGCCAUAAGUAAGGCUCUCUCGAAUCCGGCUUCUUACCUUGGUUGCAGUUGCUGUUCUUUAACCGGACAAGAAACGCAUGUUCUCUCUUCCAUGCCGGAUCUUUGCAUCGUUUACAAAUUGCAUACCGAGUGCGGUCGCUUGAUCAAUCUUUACGACUGGAUGUUAUCCUUCAAUGCUAUUCAGAAAAAGGACGAUGAAGACGACAAUGAAGAAAUUGAGCCAAUCAUUCAAGCACGUUUUAUUCGAGCGGUCGCGCAGCUGCAGUUACUCGGAUUCAUCCAGUCGUCAAAACGAAAGACAGAUCACGUUGCACGCUUGACCUGGGGAAUCUAAGCAUUAAGUGCUGACUUGGUAUGCUUCAAAUCUUUCCUGAAAAGGUACUUAGUGUAUACAGCUGUGCUACCCAUAAUACUUUUGUGGUAGAGUUGCUCCAAUUCAAAUUCAUGGUGAAGAAAGAAUUCUUUCGCCUCUUGCUGGCACUCGGUAAUACAGGCUUCAAUUGAGGCGUAUCCUCGUUCAUAA